CUCCUCGGUUCUUUACUUCGAACGAUUCAUUUUUCACGGGUGCUAAUGGCGCGAAAUCGUCGUACGUACGAUUUUUGAAAAUUUCAAAAUGGCGCGUUCGAUUGAUUGUUACGGUUAAACAAGCAGACGGCAGGCUUCGUGGAAUCGCGAUGUAUAUAUCGCGAAAAUAUCGAAGUAUCGAUGAAUUAGCGAGAAGAGCGCUACUCCCUUCCGUUAACUGAUAGAGAAAAGUAUAUUAUCGUCGGUGUUGACCAACGAAGUUCAGUCAGCAGAGAGAAAACAUUCGGAAAGUGGAGUAAUCGUGCUGCUCCGUAUGACAGACGGGCCUGUCAUAUUUUAUCAAAACGUACCUUUAUCUCCAAAACCUUCAAAGACAUUAGCGCAACAAUGGCGAUGGGCAAAGGGUUUCGCGUUUACGAAAAGUUAAAACCGCCUACUCCUCAUUCUCUUAUAUUAGAACAACGAAAUCGAAAGGAAACCGUUCUCUUUGAGGCACAAGCGGUCGCUGUUCUCUCUGCCGAAGAAACUGAUACUUUGAAGGGAAAAUAUACAAAAUUAUUAGACGCAUACGGAUGCUUAGGUGUUUUGCAAUUAAACGCAGGUGAAAAUACUUUACUAUACCUGGUUCUUGUCACUGGAUGUUUCUCCGUUGGUAAAAUAGGAGAAUCAGAAGUAUUUAGAAUUACGCAAACACAUUUUGUACCGCUUCAUUAUACGCAAGGUCACGAGGAUCGUGUGUCAGAAGUUAGAAAAGUUCUUAACUCUGGUACAUUUUAUUUCUCUUGGUCCGCUGGCUUUCAAGAACCUCUCGACAUUACUCUCAGUGCACAGAGGCGAUGUAAAUCCACGACGACCGAUAACAGAUUUUUCUGGAAUCGAAUGUUACACAUACAUUUAUUAAGAUACGGAGUCGAUACGUCUCACUGGUUACUUAAAGCGAUGUGUGGUAGCGUGGAAAUUCGAACUGUCUACGUUGGUCAUAGACAGGCACGAGCUGUUCUUAUGUCCAGACUAAGCUGCGAACGUGCAGGCACCAGGUUUAACGUCAGAGGAACUAACGACGAUGGUCACGUAGCAAACUUUGUAGAAACGGAACAAGUUAUAUAUUUAGAUAACGAAAUAACUUCUUACGUACAAACCAGAGGAUCAGUCCCUUUAUUCUGGGAACAACCUGGCAUCCAAGUCGGUUCUCAUAAAGUUAAAAUUUCUCGCGGCUUCGAAGCUUCAGCGCCAGCGUUCGAUAGACAUUUAAACAUGAUAAAACAGAGAUACGGGCAACAAGUGAUUGUCAAUCUACUUGGUUCUAGUCUGAUCGGUAGUAAGGAAGGAGAAGCGAUGCUAAGUCAGUUAUUCCAAACUCAUCAUAAUAUGUCGGAGCAUAACGAUGUGCCUCACAUUUUGUUCGACUAUCAUCAAGAAUGUCGGGGUGGAAACAUGAAAAAUCUGUCGAAAUUGAAGGCAAAAGUAGAGAAAUAUUUAGAAUCGUUUUCAUUGUUUUAUGCUGUUGGUAAUACCGUUAUUCUUGAACAAAAUGGCACUAUUAGAACAAAUUGUCUAGAUUGCUUAGACAGAACUAAUUGUGUACAGACGUUUUUCGCUUUAGAAAUACUUGGUAAGCAACUAGGUUUGUUGAAAUUGCUGGAGAAGCAACAGAUGGUUUCAAGAUUCGAAGAAGUAUUUAGACAGAUGUGGAUCAAUAACGGUAACGAAGUAAGUAAAAUAUAUGCUGGUACCGGAGCAAUUCAAGGGAGCUCAAAAUUAAUGGACGGUGCAAGAUCUGCAGCUAGAACGAUACAAAAUAACUUGCUAGACUCCAGUAAACAGGAAGCUAUUGAUAUUUUGUUACUCGGAUCAACUUUGAACACAGAAUUAGCGGAUAGAGCCCGAUUACUUUUGCCUUCCAAUAUGUUACACGCUCCGCCAAGUGUUUUAAGAGAAAUGUGUAAAAGAUAUAACGAGUACGUAACUACGAUGAAUCUUCGAGUAAGCGUGGGUACUUAUAACGUUAACGGAGGAAAGCAUUUUCGGAGUACGGUAUACAAAGAUGUACCCCUUUCCGAUUGGUUACUGGAUGCUCCAAGAAAAUCAUCGUCCCUAGUAUCGGUCGAAUACGACAAUGUUCCUGUAGAUAUAUUUGCAAUAGGGUUCGAAGAAAUUGUUGAUUUAAAUGCUAGUAACAUAAUGGCUGCUAGUACCGAUAACGCGAAAGCGUGGGCAGAACAAUUACAAAAAGUACUGUCCCGAGAUACCGAAUAUGUAUUAAUCACGUAUCAACAGUUAGUCGGUGUUUGCCUUUAUUUAUUCAUACGGCCUGUGCAUGCACCUUAUUUAAGGGACGUAGCUGUAGACUGUGUUAAAACUGGAUUAGGUGGUGCAACGGGUAACAAAGGAGCUGCAGCUAUCAGAUGCGUAUUGUACUCCACAUCUUUUUGCUUCGUUUGUGCGCACUUUGCUGCUGGACAGUCUCAAGUUAACGAACGUAAUGCCGAUUAUGCUGAAAUUACGCGAAAAAUUACAUUUCCUAUGGGAAGAACAUUGAAUACCCAUGAUUACGUAUUUUGGUGCGGAGAUUUUAAUUACAGAGUCGAUAUGGACAAGGACGAAAUGAAAGAUAUGAUCAAGAGAAACGAACUUGAUCAUAUAUUACAAUAUGAUCAAUUAAAGGUUCAACAAGAUCAAGGAAAUGUUUUUAAAAAUUUCCUAGAAGGUUCUAUCACUUUUCCUCCAACGUAUAAAUACGACAUGUUUUCCGACGAUUACGAUACCAGCGAAAAAUGUCGUCAACCUGCAUGGACAGACAGAGUAUUAUGGAAACGUAGAAAACAAGUACCUGAUAUCGAUUCGCCAACAGAUUGGAAUCCAGGAAAAUUAAUUCAUUACGGUAGAGCAGAAUUGAAACAAAGCGAUCACCGACCGGUUAUUGCAAUUAUCGACGUAGAUGUCCACUGCGUUGAACCCGAGAAACGCGAACAAGUAUUCAAAGAAGUAAUUCAAGAUUUAGGUCCACCGGAUGGUACGAUAGUGGUAAAAGCAGUAGAAGAAUCGGACGACAUGGAUAGCGUAUUUGACGAAAACUUUAUGAUGGCUCUGUUACAAGAUUUCUCUCAUAUCGGCGAGGUAAUUCUCGUCAGGUUUGUCGGCGAAACAAUUUGGGUUACGUUCAGAGACGGACAGUGCGCUCUAUCGGCGGCAAGAAAAGGAAUGACCCAAGUGUGCGGUCAAACUUUGAAAUUAUCAUUGAAGUCUCCAAACUGGGUGCAAUUAAUUGAAAAAGAAAUAGAACUUUGUAGCAACACCACUGUUGCACAGUUUACUUCGAGUUCUCCUGUUAGAAGCCCUAUGCAAAGAUUGGAUCAAUUAGAGAUAACGGAACGACCUUCGCCCAGUAGAGGAAGUCCAAAUGGUGUAACUCCACCGCCAAGACCUGCACCUCCAGGUCGACCAUCCCAACCACCCAGAAGCCCGUUGCAGGAUCGAAAACAAGGGCCACGAGCUGGUGUGUUUAGUGUAUUGCCUAAUCAAUUCUCAGCGCCGUUACCUAGAGAAACAUCGGAGCCUGAACAAAGUGAAAGGUUAUCUCCGGAAUCUGCAAUUUACGAGGAAAUAUUGGACGGAUCACCCAAUUACCCUAUACCAAACCGUCCACCACCGCCGUUACCUCGCACAGCAGAUCCUUUACAAGAAUCAUCCAACAGACCACCCAGUUCUAAACCUCCUCCAUUACCGCAGAGACAAGCUCCUCCACCACCUCAACACCCUCCGCCUAGUUUACCUGCACCUAACGCUCCACCACCCAUUCCAGCAAGAACAGGCGGACCACCGAUUCCAGCUAGAAAUCCACAAUAAAUCGUGGUUUCUCAUUCCAAUGCGAGCGAAAUCAUUAGACGUUACUGUGUAGUUAAUUAUUUAUAAAUAUCAAUAGGAAUUAAAUCGUAAAAUAUAUAGAUUGCUUCCACGUAACGUUGUGUACAGCUGUGAGCUUAUCGUAAACUUCAAAUCUAUUCUGUGAUUAGUCAAACUCCGUUCCCGUGCACUAAAAGAACGCAUAUGCUUCCUGUCAUGCACUAUCCUAUAUCGUAUGUAACCAAGUUUGUUAAAUACCUCAAAGAUUUCAUUGUACCGAUAUCGUAGGAAAUAAGCGAAGUUUACUGACGGAUAUAGCGUAAAGGUUUCUCGAUGAUUGUUGAAACGAACGAAAUAAUAAUUAUGUUAAUUAAAUCUAUGUUGUUGAAAAUAUCGUACGAAAAGUUCUUGAAAAAAGUUACAGCGUUUCCAAUAUAUAUAUAUAUAUAGAAAACAUUAAUAAUAUUGUUGUACCCCAUAUUUCAUGACACACGAAUCACUGUUUUUACGAUAUAGUAAUUUAUUUGCGAUUAACAUUGAGAUUGUUUAUCGGUUACGCGCGUUUUCUUGUUAAAUCUUUGAACAGUGUGAAUAACGGUUGACACGAAUUUUGAGAGUUGAAAGAAAGUAAUUUAAACUUGCUGUUAUAACGCUAAGAAAAAUGUUAGUCUCAAAAGCAGUAUUCUUGUAAAAUAUUUUCCAUAUAAGUAUACCUAUAUACACGUACACGUAUACAUAUUGUAUGUACAAAAUAUAUAACGGCAAUCGUUGACCAAUCAAUGUUUCCUUGAGUUAAUAACGAUAUUACAAGCGAUAACAAAUUAAAGUUUUUGUUACAACAAUAUAAAGAAAUUAAUCGGUAAACUUCCAUUUUAAACGUUGUCAGAUAGGAUAAAAGAUUACUCUAUUUAUUUUGUAGCUUCAUGUAUUGUAUUAUUGUACAUAUACAUAUAACAUAUAAAACAUCGAUGUGAGAUACAUUCAAGUAAAACGAGAUUCUGCGUUUACACAACGAAAGAAACAUUUUUAAUUAUUUUUCAAGAUUCAGAAUAAGUACUUGAUACGUGAGCGUUUUUAUUUCGGAAAUGUUUCUUUCUUAAAGAUAAAAUUUCACAAAAAGAGAAAUUCGGUUUUAAUAGAUGCAAAAUUUUUCAUUUUAAAAAGCUGAAUAUAAAUUGGAGAAUUUUUGUAACUGAAUCGUGCACUGAAUUAAACAGUAGAAUGUAAAUAGUCGUGAUAUUUAGUAAGAAAUAGUGUUUUAAACAAUUUCCUGAUUGUACGAAAUAUACAGUAUAUUUGUUUCGCUUUAAUUCGUUGAACUACCUCUGUAUAUUUCACAACAACACGAAGCACAGCAUUUAAAAAAGAUAUUUGCUCUUACAAAAAUUUGUUAUUUAUUUCAGUAAUAUAACGAAAUUGAUUUCUAAAUUUGUAACUAAUUCUAGCAUUGUCAUUUGUUUGGCAGCUAGAGCAAUGAAUCAGCUCUUUAAACAUUAUCUAUUAAUACGUAUAAAAAGAUUGUGCAAAAAUUUUUAUCAAAUAUAAUAAUUUGUAUAAAUAUCUGCUCGUGAACACAGAGAGAGAGCUGUGUUUGUCAUCGUAAUACGACAAUUAUGAGAAAAAUAAGUGACUUGGAGCACUAUUCUGGAAAUGUAUUUCCAUUUAAUAUAAACAUUGUUCAUUCCGUGAAUAAAUUAUAUACAAAAAUAUAUCACUAAAUUAACAGCUAACUAGUUUCCGGUUAAUAUACUACACAAUUAGCAGAAACUAGAUUUUUUUCAUUUGUAAAUAGUAUCUGCUUUUAUCGUCAAAAAUAAUAUAUAUGUAUAUAUAUGUAUAUAUAUAUAUAUAUACACACACAUAUAUAUAAAUAUUAGAGUUUGGUAAUUUUGCAAUGUUCUGUUUGAAUAUCGACUGUUAUCUGAAACAAUCUAAUAAGUUAAAAAUUAGCCUAUUGCAAUGAGACGUUUCAAAGUUUUGUGUAGAGAAAACCACAGGUCCUAACAAAUAAUUACAUAAUACUAAACCAAAAUAUUGUAAUGAUCAAUAAAAUGCCAAAGUGAAAACAUCGAUUGAAUGGUAUACACGUUGAUAUACAGAAUAUAUCUGUUUAAAAAAAAAAAAAAAAAAAAAAA